ACUGUACACUGUUAGAUCAGAUAUUUAUAUCAUUACAUUUAGAGAGAGAGAGUGAGAACAGUUUGUGUUUUGUGAUGGAUAAAAUCUGUCAUUCUUCUUCAGGUGACUCCAGUAGCAACUCCAUUUGCAGCAAUAGAGAUCAAUAUCUCAAACAGCUCCAUAAGCUUUCUCAUAAGAUCUCUAAAACCAACGCAAUCGCCGAUCCCAUCAUCAAGAAACCCACUCCCACUUUCGACCCGAAUCAAAAUCAAAACCCCCAACAUCAGCCACCGGUCUACAAUAUCAACAAGAACGAUUUCAGAGAUGUGGUUCAGAAACUCACUGGUUCACCCGCCCACGACCGCUUUUCAACUCCUCCGCCUAUACAACAGCCUAAGCCUCCCAGUUCUCGUCUACAGCGCAUCCGUCCUCCACCCCUCGCUCACGUUAGUAAUCGGCCCCCUCCUAUGCUACCCUGCGCACCUCCCCCGAUUCAAGCACCCAACCCAAAUGCCAGUAACAGCUUCAUCCCACGGUCAACGGCCCCUUUAUCGCCUCUCCCGCCUUUGCCAGCGGUGCACGCAGCGGCUGAAUCUCCUGUUUCGGCUUACAUGCGCUACCUGAAGAACUCGACUUCGACAGUCGAUCCGAACUCCAAGCCACAACUCUCGGGAUUCUCUCCUCUAGCUCCGUUAGUUUCGCCCCGAUGGAACAACGUAACCGAUACAUCUCAUCAGCAGGCGAUCAUUCCCCCGCCGACAGCGCAACAACAAAUGCUACAAUCACAGCCACAGCCGCAGUUUCAACUGCCAUCUUCACCGCUACCAUUCGGUUGCUUUAAUUCACCGCGGUCACCCUAUCCUUUACUCUCUCCUAGCUUGUUGUUCUCACCUACGUCGGGUCAGCUAAAUUUUCCGCUUUCGCCGACGGUGCCCGUUCCCAGUCCUACAAGGAGAGGCCUUUGAGGUAAAAAAAAAAAAAAAAAGAUAGGUAAAAUAGUAUCGGUAUCGUUGUUAGGAGUUUAGGGUUCUAUUCGUUACAAGUUGUUUUUUUUUUCCCUGUAUAUUUAUCUUUGCCAAGAAGUUAUAUAAAUAUCUUUACCAAUUGUUGAAUUAGGAACCAUUGAUCUUUCACUGGUUAUUUAGUUGGGGCUUGUUUUGUAAAUGUUGUCAUUUUAAGACGUGAAAAGAAGAAAGACUUGAAAUUUUCUUGGCUUUUGUUGGAUCAAUAUCAUAAACUAUGGCGGGAUGCUCUUGUUAUUUUGACUCAAA